AUGGAGAGGGCUGGUUGGACCGAUGAAUAUGGUCAGCAAGAUGAAGAUGAAGUGAUUGAUCCAAAAUUGAAUCCCAGAAAUGAUUAUGGAAAAAGAUUUGCAACAUACCCAAAAGUUGGAUAUUUUUCAUUACAUGAUAUAAAAUCUUAUCCUACUGAAUUAGGAUAUGCUACAAUAGAUAAUAUCAAAAAUGCUUCAACUUGUAUUAUGGAUCAUGAUUUAAAUAUAUGGAAUGUUCAUUUACAACAUUGGAAAGAUGAAGAUGAAUUUUAUAAACAUUAUCAAACAAAAUAUGUUGCAAUUUUAAAUCGUGCGAAUCAAUUUUUGAAUAAUUCAAAAAACAUUGAUGAUGAGUGCUUUGUCUGUACCUUUCUUUUGACGUAG